CGAAAUUCGAAGGGGCGUUUCCUGAACUGAACACUCGGAAUGACUGAAUCAGUUGUAAGAACUGUUAACGAAGGUUGAACAUGAGCGAGAAUUUAUCAAGUGAUGUUUAAAAUUAAUCUUAAGUAUCGUAAUGCAAAUGUUAGGAUUGGUGUUAAGUUCGCCUAUUAGUGCUUGCUGCAAGUUCUAUCAAUGAAGUGGGCAGACAUUAUUGUGACGUCAACUCGGAUGCUCAGGUUGCUCUACUUCCGCACGAAGUUCCGAGGGAAAUCUCCGACCAGUGUCAAGGCGAUUUCCUCCGAUCCCAAUCUCCGAAAUUCCCAGCGACUCAGACUGUUUUGGAGGCACCAUUAAACGAACCCAGUUCUUCUCGACCGCUCGUAUUUUUUCGAGUGUUCGAUUGUGUGUUCUUAUCAACAACAGUGAAAUAUGUCAAUCAACAUGUCACCGUGCGGCCCAAAUGUGGAAGAACAGCUUUCGUCCAUAAUGAACGUACUGGCGAGAGCUGCCGUAUCUGAAAUUAGCCAACUGUUCUCGGAAGGCUCGGCUACCCUUCGUUUACAAAUAACUCGGGGCCUGAAAGAAAACCAAUCGCUGAGGAUGAGGAUGAAGGUGAUGAGGAGUGAGCUGUUUUCUUUGCGACUUCAAACGAGAUCAAAUGCAUCGUGUGCGGCAACUGGUUGUGCCCUGGCUCGAGCCAACAUCUCUAAACCACGGGGAAAUGAUGGAAACCGUCAAGAGCCCGGAAUGGUUUCCAGCCAGAUGCCACAUCUGCUGGUUUAUCAUUCUCAAACAUCAAUUUGUUCAAAACAAGACUGCGAUGACUUUGGAGACCGCAGCACACAGCACGACGCCACCUCAGAUAGUCUGCAUGUGGACGCCCCUGGCUCCUCCCACAUGUCCAGUCACAGCGAGGAGCUGAGGAUCCUGAGCGUCCACGGAAAAGGGGAGGGCCCACUGGCGCUGGACGGCCAUGACACACUCUUCAACGCCUCCGAACUGGAGGCCCUGGACUCGCUGUCUGCAGACCACAGCGUGGACAAGAGCCUGGAGCGCGGCGAGCAGCUGGUCCGCCACGAGGAGCUGACUGGGCAGCAGACCCCAGACACCAUUUUAAUCAAGGAGGAAGAGGAUAUUGGUGGAGGCAUGCCCGCCGUAGAAGACUGCGAUGACUUUGGAGACUGCAGCACACAACCCAGCGCCACCUUGGAUAGUCUGCAUGUGGACGGUCCUGGCUCCUCCCACAUGUCAAGUCACAACAGGGAGCUGCGUAUCCUGAGCGUCCACGGAAAAGCGGAGGGCCCACUGGUGGUUUGCGGCCAUGACAACCUCUUCACGACGUUCAAACCGGAGGCUCUGAGCUCGCUGUCCGCGGAACAAAGCGUGGCAAAGAGCAUGGAGCGCGGCGAGCAGCUGGUCCACCUUGAGGAGCUGACUGGGCAUCGGGGUGGCGGCAAGGACCAGCCCGGUGUGUUGUCUGGUAAGGAUUUACCCGACAAUACCAAUAUGACCAAUCACAUGCGUACCCACACCGGCGAGAAGCCGUACGAGUGCAACCAAUGCAAGAAGCGCUUCCAACAGAAAGGCGCCCUGAAGACCCACAUGAUGACUCACUCCGGGGAGAAGCCCUACAGGUGUGACCAAUGCUUGAAGAGCUUCAGUCAUAGCUUCGACCUGAAGGUCCACAUGAGGACUCACUCCGGGGAGAAGCCCUACAGGUGUAAACAAUGCAUGAGGUGCUUCGUGCAGAGCUCUCACCUGAAGAGCCACAUGAGGACUCACUCCGGGGAGAAGCCCUACAGGUGUAACCAAUGCGUGAAGCGCUUCAGACGGAGCUCCAGCCUGAAGAGCCACAUGAGGACUCACUCCGGGGAGAAGCCCUACAGGUGUGACCAAUGCGGGAAGCACUUCAGUCAUAGCUCCUACCUGAAGAGCCACAUGAGGACUCACUCCGGGGAGAAAGCCUACAGCUGUGACCAAUGCGAGAAGCGCUUCAGUCAAAGCUCCGUCCUGAAGAUCCACAUGAGGACUCACUCCGGGGAGAAGCCCUACAGUUGUGACCAAUGCAUGAAGUGCUUCGGACAGAGCUCAAUCCUGAAGAUGCACAUGAGGACUCACUCCGGGGAGAAGCCCUACAGGUGUGACCAAUGUGUGAAGCGCUUCAGUCAGAGCUCCACCCUGAAGAACCACAUGAGGACUCACUCCAGGGAGAAGCCCUGAAGGUGCAACGCCAGCCUCAAAGAUAUGUUAUUAAACAUGUCACCGUGCGGUCCAACUCUGGAAGAACAGCUUUCGUCCAUAAUGGACGUACUUGCGAAAGCUGCUGUAUCUGAAAUUAGCCAACUGUUCUCGGAAGGCUCGGCUACCCUUCGCUUACAAAUAACUCGGAGCCUGAAAGAAAACCAAGCGCUGAGGAUGAGGAUGAAGGUGAUGAGGAGUGAGCUGUUUUCUUUGCGGCUUCAAACGAGAUCAAAUGCAUCCUGUGCCGCAAGUCUUUUUGCCCUGGCUCGAGCGGACAUCUGCAAACCAGAGACUAAACCACAGGGAGAUGAAGACUGCGAUGACUUUGGAGACCGCAGCACACAGCGCGGCGCCACCUCAGAUAGUCUGCAUGUGGACGCCCCUGGCUCCUACCAGAUGUCCAGUCACAGCGAGGAGCUGAGGAUCCUGAGCGUCCACGGAAAAGGGGAGGGCCCACUGGCGCUGCACGGUCAUGACUCCCUCUUCACCGUGUCUGAACUGGAGGCCCUGAACUCUCUUUCUGCAGACCACAGCGUGGCCAAGAGCCUGGAGCGCGGCGAGGAGCUGACUGUGCAGCAGACCCCAGACACUGUUUUAAUCAAGGAUGAAGAGGAAAUUUGUGGAGGCAUGCCCACUGCAGAAGACUGCGAUGACUUUGGAGACCGCAGCACACAGCGCGGCGCCACCUCAGAUAGUCUGCAUGUGGACGCCCCUGGCUCCUCCCACAUGUCCAGUCACAGCGAGGAAAUGAGGAUCCUGAGCGUCCACGGAAAAGGGGAGGGCCCACUGGCGCUGCACGGUCAUGACACCCUCUUCACCGUGUCUGAACUGGAGGCCCUGAACUCUCUGUCUGCAGACCACAGCGUGGCCAAGAGCCUAGAGCGCGGCAAGGAGCUGGUCCACCGUGAGGAGCUGACGGUUCAGCAGACCGCAGACACUGUUUUAAUCAAGGAUGAAGAGGAAAUUGGUGGAGUCAUGCCCACUGCAGAAGACUGCGAUGACUUUGGAGACUGCAGCACACAGCGCGGUGCCCCCUCAGAUGGUCUGCAUGUGGACGCCCCUGGCUCCUCCCACCUGUCCAGUCACAGCGAGGAGCUGAGGAUCCUGAGCGUCCACGGAAAAGGGGAGGGCCCACUGGCGCUGCACAGCCAUGACGCCCUCUUCACCGUGUCCGAACUGGAGGCCCUGAACUCUCUGUCUGCAGACCACAGCGUGGCCAAGAGCCUGGAGUGCGGCGAGCCGCUGGUCCACCGUGAGGAGCUGGCUGCGCAUCGGGGAGGUGGCAAGGACCCACCCGGUGUGUUAUCUGGCCAGGGUUUACCCGACGAUACCAAUAUGACCAACCACAUGCGUACCCACUCCGGGGAGAAGCCCUACAGGUGUGACCAAUGCGUGAAGCGCUUCAGUCAGAGCUCCGCCCUGAAGAGACACAUGAGGACUCACUCCGGGGAGAAGCCCUACAGGUGUGACCAAUGCGUGAAGCGCUUCAGUAAGAGCUCUCACCUGAAGAGCCACAUGAGGGCUCACUCCGGGGAGAAGCCCUACCAGUGUGACCAAUGCGUGAAGCGCUUCAGUACGAGCUCUCACCUGAAGAGCCACAUGAGGGCUCACUCCGGGGAGAAGCCCUACCAGUGUGACCAAUGCGAGAAGCGCUUCGGACACAGCUCCAACCUGAAGAAACACAUGAGGACUCACUCCGGGGAGAAGCCCUACAGUUGUGACCAAUGCAUGAAGUGCUUCGGACAGAGCUCCGAACUGAAGAUCCACAUGAGGACUCACUCCGGGGAGAAGCCCUACAGGUGUGACCAAUGCGUGAAGCGCUUCAGUACGAGCUCCAACCUGAAGAUCCACAUGUGGACUCACUCCGGGGAGAAGCCCUACAGGUGUGACCAAUGCGUGAAGCGCUUCUGUACGAACUCCGACCUGAAGAAACACAUGAACACUCACUCCGGGGAGAAGCCCUACCAGUGUGACCAAUGCGUGAAGCGCUUCAGUACGAGCUCUCACCUGAAGAGCCACAUGAGGGCUCACUCCGGGGAGAAGCCCUACCAGUGUGACCAAUGCGAGAAGCGCUUCGGACACAGCUCCAACCUGAAGAAACACAUGAGGACUCACUCCGGGGAGAAGCCCUACAGGUGUGACCAAUGCGUGAAGCGCUUCUGUACGAACUCCGACCUGAAGAAACACAUGAACACUCACUCCGGGGAGAAGCCCUACAGGUGUGACCAAUGCGUGAAGCGCUUCAGUCGGAGCUUUGACCUGAAGGUCCACAUGAGGACUCACUCCGGGGAGAAGCCCUACAGGUGUGACCAAUGCGUGAAGCGCUUCAGUCGGAGCUUCAACCUGAAGAUCCACAUGUGGACUCACUCCGGGGAGAAGCCCUACAGGUGCAAUGCCAGCUUUAGCGACCCAAACAACGAGGCAAUGGGGUGCUUUGACACAGGGCAACGGGCGCUUAAUAUGUUAACAAAUAUGUCACUCUGCGGCCCAACUUUGGAAGAACAGCUUUCGUCCAUAAUUGACGUACUUGCGAAAGCUGCUGUAUCAGAAAUUAGCCAACUGUUCUCGGAAGGCUCGGCUACCCUUCGAUUACAAAUAACUCGGAGCCUGAAAGAAAACGAAGCGCUGAGGACGAGGAUGAAGGUGAUGAGGAGUGAGCUGUUUUCUUUGCGGCUUCAAACGAGAUCAAAUGCAUCGUGUGCGGCCAUUCGUUUGGCCUUGGCUCGAGCCUACACCUGCAAACCAAAUGAUGACUGCAGUGACUUUGGAGACCGCAGCACACAGCGCGACGCCAUCUCAGAGACUCUUUACACCCCUGGCUCCUCCCACAUGUCCAGUCACAGCGAGGAGCUGAGGAUCCUGAGCGUCUAUGGAAAAGGGGAGGGCCCACUGGCGCUGGACGGCAAUGGCACACUCUUCAACUUGUCCGAACUGGAGGCCCUGAACUCGCUGUCUGCAGACCACAGCGUGGCCAAGAGCCUGGAGCGCGGCGAGGAGCUGACUGUGCAGCAGACCGCAGACACUGUUUUAAUCAAGGAUGAAGAGGAAAUUGGUGGAGGCAUGCCCACUGCAGAAGACUGCGAUGACUUUGGAGACCGCAGCACACAGCGCGGCGCCACCUCAGAUAGUCUGCAUGUGGACGCCCCUGGCUCCUCCCACAUGUCCAGUCACAGCGAGGAAAUGAGGAUCCUGAGCGUCCACGGAAAAGGGGAGGGCCCACUGGCGCUGCACGGUCAUGACACCCUCUUCACCGUGUCUGAACUGGAGGCCCUGAACUCUCUGUCUGCAGACCACAGCGUGGCCAAGAGCCUAGAGCGCGGCAAGGAGCUGGUCCACCGUGAGGAGCUGACUGUUCAGCAGACCGCAGACACUGUUUUAAUCAAGGAUGAAGAGGAAAUUGGUGGAGUCAUGCCCACUGCAGAAGACUGCGAUGACUUUGGAGACUGCAGCACACAGCGCGGUGCCCCCUCAGAUGGUCUGCAUGUGGACGCCCCUGGCUCAUCCCACCUGUCCAGUCACAGCGAGGAGCUGAGGAUCCUGAGCGUCCACGGAAAAGGGGAGGGCCCACUGGCGCUGCACAGCCAUGACGCCCUCUUCACCGUGUCCGAACUGGAGGCCCUGAACUCUCUGUCUGCAGACCACAGCGUGGCCAAGAGCCUGGAGUGCGGCGAGCCGCUGGUCCACCGUGAGGAGCUGGCUGCGCAUCGGGGAGGUGGCAAGGACCCACCCGGUGUGUUAUCUGGCCAGGGUUUACCCGACGAUACCAAUAUGACCAACCACAUGCGUACCCACUCCGGGGAGAAGCCCUACAGGUGUGACCAAUGCGUGAAGCGCUUCAGUCAGAGCUCCGCCCUGAAGAGACACAUGAGGACUCACUCCGGGGAGAAGCCCUACAGGUGUGACCAAUGCGUGAAGCGCUUCAGUAAGAGCUCUCACCUGAAGAGCCACAUGAGGGCUCACUCCGGGGAGAAGCCCUACCAGUGUGACCAAUGCGUGAAGCGCUUCAGUACGAGCUCUCACCUGAAGAGCCACAUGAGGGCUCACUCCGGGGAGAAGCCCUACCAGUGUGACCAAUGCGAGAAGCGCUUCGGACACAGCUCCAACCUGAAGAAACACAUGAGGACUCACUCCGGGGAGAAGCCCUACAGUUGUGACCAAUGCAUGAAGUGCUUCGGACAGAGCUCCGAACUGAAGAUCCACAUGAGGACUCACUCCGGGGAGAAGCCCUACAGGUGUGACCAAUGCGUGAAGCGCUUCAGUACGAGCUCCAACCUGAAGAUCCACAUGUGGACUCACUCCGGGGAGAAGCCCUACAGGUGUGACCAAUGCGUGAAGCGCUUCUGUACGAACUCCGACCUGAAGAAACACAUGAACACUCACUCCGGGGAGAAGCCCUACCAGUGUGACCAAUGCGUGAAGCGCUUCAGUACGAGCUCUCACCUGAAGAGCCACAUGAGGGCUCACUCCGGGGAGAAGCCCUACCAGUGUGACCAAUGCGAGAAGCGCUUCGGACACAGCUCCAACCUGAAGAAACACAUGAGGACUCACUCCGGGGAGAAGCCCUACAGUUGUGACCAAUGCAUGAAGUGCUUCGGACAGAGCUCCGAACUGAAGAUCCACAUGAGGACUCACUCCGGGGAGAAUCCCUACAGGUGUGACCAAUGCGUGAAGCGCUUCUGUACGAACUCCGACCUGAAGAAACACAUGAACACUCACUCCGGGGAGAAGCCCUACAGGUGUGACCAAUGCGUGAAGCGCUUCAGUCGGAGCUUUGACCUGAAGGUCCACAUGAGGACUCACUCCGGGGAGAAGCCCUACAGGUGUGACCAAUGCGAGAAGCGCUUCGGACACAGCUCCAACCUGAAGAAACACAUGAACACUCACUCCGGGGAGAAGCCCUACAGUUGUGACCAAUGCGUGAAGCGCUUCAGUCAGAGCUCUCAACUGAAGAUCCACAUGAGGACUCACUCCGGGGAGAAGCCCUACAGGUGUGACCAAUGCGUGAAAAGCUUCAGUCAGACCUCCGACCUGAAGGUCCACAUGAGGACUCACUCCGGGGAGAAGCCUUACAGGUGUGACCAAUGCUUGAAGCACUUCAGUACGAGCUCUUACCUGAAGAGCCACAUGAAGAUUCACUCCGGGGAGAAGCCAUACAGGUGUGACCAAUGCUCAAGGCGCUUCCAACUGAAAGGCCACCUGAAGAUCCACAUGAGGACUCACUCCGGGGAGAAGCCCUACAGUUGUGACCAAUGCGUGAAGCGCUUCAGUCAGAGCUCUCACCUGAAGAUCCACAUGAGGACUCACUCCGGGGAGAAGCCCUACAGGUGUGACCAAUGCGUGAAGAGCUUCAGUCAGACCUCCGACCUGAAGGUCCACAUGAGGACUCACUCCGGGGAGAAGCCUUACAGGUGUGACCAAUGCUCAAGGCGCUUUAGACGGAGCUCCACUCUGAAGUACCACAUGAAGACUCACUCCGGGGAGAAGCCCUGAAUGUGCAACGCCAGCUUCAGCGACCCAAACAACGAGGCAAUGCGGUGCUUUGACACAGGGCAAUGGGCGCUUUGAUUGAAACCUCUAUCCUCUAACCUCUAUCUACUUUCUAUAAAAAAAAGAAUAAUAAUAAUUGAUCGAGUUACAGAAAACUCGGUCAAGAAAGAUGAGAAGAAUUCAUAGAAUUCGAAGGCAAACCCAUGCGUCUAGUUUGCUUAGAAGCGAUAUCAGUCAUUAAAGAUAUCCACUUAAGUCGCCACUACAACUACUGCAACUGCUUGUUGGGUUUGAGUUCAUUGAGUUGUUGCACUUAAUGUGGGCCACUGUUUUUGAUUUUUUGACUUCAUUGAAUGAUGAUGUAUGUGAGCCCUUUGCACUGAUAAAAAUACUGACCAUUCAUGUGGCUGUUAGAGCAUGGAAAACAUUAAAUGAAUGUAUGUUGGUUCAAUUAACAUACCGUACAUAGGUUAUGAUUCUGGAAGAUUUUUUAGGUAGUGGCCAUCCCCAAAAUGCACCAGAAUACAGGAAAUCAAUCAACCAAAUUCAAAAUUGUGUAGCUUCUCUCAGCUCACGUUUAGUUGAAGUGUGCAGUCAUGUGGCCCUCUGAUGGUUAUGAUGAAAAAUGUGGCCCUCUUUAUCAUGAAAGUUGCCCAUCCCUGCUCUAGACAUUGAAAUGACUGUCGUUUUUUUUUCCCGCUUUAUUAAAGACGCUUUCCAACUUUUCAUUCGCCAUAAUUGAUGUCUGUGUCAUGAAUCACACCUCGGACUCCCCAAUAUUUGAUUUAAAUGAAUAGAUUCUACCUUUGCUAUAACGCUUUAUGCUCUCUGCAAAACAUGACUAGAGCCCUGAUGAACCACAAGUCAAACUUGCAUUUCGAAGAUGGAAAUUGUCAAUAGCCCAGGGCCCGGUUUCCCGAGACCUACUUCUGAUAUGUUUUUGCGGGAGCAAAUCACCAAGUUGGCUUUUCCCCCUGGCGUGCCAUUGGCUUGUUUAAAACAAUGAUGACAGGGAAGCGACAGCAAGCAACCAGUUGUGUACAGAGUAAUUUGAAAUAGGCCUAUUGAUCACGCCUCUUGUGCUGAAGAAAAUUACGGUAGCUUCCCCAGACCAACGUGCAAUCUACGAUUGAUCUUCUGGCAAUAGCCAAGCUAGCAUGGAGGAGAAGUGAUUGAUGCGGACUCCCGGAGCUCUAUAUCUAAAUAAUAUAUUAUACAAUAUAUAGGUAUCUAUAUAAUAUUAUCUAUAAUAUCAUGGCCAAAAGCUGUGUGCGCCUCCAGAGGAUAUUAUGAAUUAAAGACUGUAUGGGACGUCUCUGGUAGCCUACUUCCACAACAAGUAAAGACUCAUAGUGUGGGUUAUCUCGGCCAGAGUCCUGCACGUGUUCGGGUACCCGACUGGUGACCCGCACAAUUUGGAUUAAACGGUUGAAAAAGAAUAGGCUACUGUGUCGGACACGGGUUUGGGUUGGGUCGGACGCCUUAACAGCGUGGGUUGGUCGCGGGUUUUGCGAUUGCGAGCGAGACUUCUCUCCGGUUCUGGAUAUGUAGCCUAAUUGAGGAGCGGAGGAUUCAACUAAAACCGUCCACAGUGGAUGAUGUGCUUUUUUUGCACAGCAAUCUAAAGCACCAUGCCAAACACCAGAUAGUGUAAUUCCUCA